AUGUCGCGAUCUAAGCUUCCCACCUUCCUCGCCCUCACCACCGCCGGUGGUAUUGGCUACUACCUCUACCAGGCCGGAGGCAACCCCAAGCUUGCCAAGCAGAAAAUCAAGCAUGACGCUUCCACCCACCUUCCUGGCGGACACCCCAGGCCCACGGCUGCCACUGAGGUCGGAAGCAAGAUUGACGAUGCUGCGUAUGAGGCGGAAAAGUCUCUCAACAACGCGAAGCACAACGUCGAGGCCUACGCGAGGGAGAGGAAGAACGAAAUCAUCCGGGGCAUCGACAAGGCCGACCACAAGAUUGAGGAGAGCGCCGCCAAAGCCAAGGGUUGGUUCUCUUCUGGAAAAUAA